GAUACGUCAAUAUUAUCUCCAUUGCCAGCGAUAGUCCUGUCGGUGGUGGCGGCGCUCACCAUAUUCUUCAAGUCCCCGUCAGACGUGUUUUCGCAACACAUUUGCUUAUAUCUGAUUACGUUUGGUUUGGUCACCGCCAAGAUCACCAACAAAUUGGUUGUGGCACAAAUGAGCAAAAGUGAGAUCACAAAACUGGACUCAGUAUUCAUUGGACCGUUACUUCUGUUUUUGAACCAAUACUUUAAUACAAUUAUCGAUGAAUACAUCCUAUUAUGGGUGGCAUUAGUGUAUAUUUUGUUGGAUUUCCUGUACUACUCGUACAGCACGUGUAACCAAAUUGCCGAUUACCUCAAGAUUCGGGUACUUUCCAUACAAUACCAGCGCCCGCCGUCGACGCACUCG